AUGGACAUCGAUUACCAUCACGAGAUAUAUAAGAUCUCCGACUACAGCAACGAUGUUAAUGGGGAGACCAAAGAAACACAGCCGUAUUUUUUAGGAGACGAAAGCCGGGAAAUUAAAAAACAAAUUACAGGGAUGAGAAGAUUACUGAACGACAGCACUGGAAGAAUCUAUCAGCGUGUUGGCAAAGAAGGAGAAAAACUGAAGGAGGAGCCCCAGGAUCUAGACUUAGCCUGGGCCCAGCGCCUGCACCCCCCUGCCGAGUCCCAGACAAGCCUUCAUCCUUCACAGAGUGGGGCCUGGAACGAAUUGCCACCCCAGGCCAGCCAUUUUUCAGGGCAAUAUGGAACUCGGUCUAAAACAUUCCAAAAUCAGACACGAGCUGUGACAUCCAAUGGAGAAAUUCCAAUGGUGAAUUCAUCAGUUGGACCAAACUGCUGUACGUGCAAUUGCCAGUCAACUCUACAGGCUAUUCUUCAAGAGCUCAAGACCAUGAGAAAAUUAAUGCAGAUUCAAGCAGUUGGGACUCAAAACAGACAGCAGCCCCCUAUUCCUCUGAUCUGUGCACAGAAGUCGACAAUAUCAAGAAAGAGAAAUAAAAAGAAAAAACUGCCCCUCAAAGCUGCUGAACCGAUUACCACGAACAAGAAACCCAGCACUGCAGAGAGUGAAAAGAAGCUUUUGGCAAACUCUGAACGGUCAAGCCUGCAAGCAGUAGAGCCCUCUCUGAAACUGGAGACCCCUCUUUCAGGAUUUGGAAUUGUCCUUGAAUCAGCUUCAUCAGAUCCAGAAGUGCAACUUGCGGAAGGCUUUGAUGUCUUCAUGCCCAAAUCUCAGCUGGACUCUAUAUUAUCAAACUAUACUCGCUCAGGAAGCCUGCUCUUCAGGAAGCUGGUCUGUGCAUUUUUUGAUGACAAGACUUUGGCUAACUCUUUACCCAAUGGCAAAAGGAAAAGAGGGCUCAAUGACAACCGAAAAGGACUAGACCAAAAUAUUGUGGGUGCAAUAAAAGUCUUUACAGAAAAAUACUGCACUGCUAACCAUGUGGAUAAACUUCCCGGUCCUAGGGACUGGGUACAGAUUCUUCAGGAUCAAAUCAAAYUGGCAAGAAGACGAUUAAAAAGAGGCUCAGCAGAGGCAACUGACUGUGAUGAGAAGCCGGACAUUUCUCUACUACAAACAGGGAGCCUUUUUGACACGACGACGGACAGCCUGCUAGACGCAAACCCAGAUUUCUGCGCUUGAGCUUUCCGCCGCGUCGCUGGUUUUAGCGGAGAGCCGCGAGCCCAGGGUGCGGAUUUCGGCCGCUCCCUCCAUCUCGGGGCACCUCACCCGCUUCCCCUGGCAGCCGAGAUAACAAAACCACUGGAUCCCUCUGCUCCUUUUCAUGUUAAUUAAAGAGGAUUUUCCUCCAUCUCAUACAUCGAUGAGUGCGGGAUCCACGCUAGGCGAGACGCUCUCCCGCCUCGCUUUUCCUUCUCCCAACCCUGCUUUUCCCGUGUCAUGGCAUUCCCACCGUGUUCUCCGCCUCUUUGUGCGAAGGAGGGUGGCACAGACAGCCGCUCGUAGCCGAAAUUCAGCGGUCCCCGCUGGGUUCAGCGCUAUGGCAGCGGCGCGGUGCCAAAUCCCUGUGCACGGGAGGUGGAUGUUGGUGCAGGUGGCACCAGGAGAUGGGGUUUCUCCUCACUUUUAUUUAUUUAUAUUGUAUUUUAUUUUAUUCCCGCCUUUUCCCGCCACCUGAAUAUUAAGUGGAUCAGUUUGCCGACUUCCAGGAAGAGGGUCUCGCCUGACGGGAUUCAUCAGCCACUGCCCUCGGGGACGAUAUUCACUAAUUAUAAAAAAUUAAGUUGCCUUUUGAUGGGCACUCAGCUGAUGUCUCGGCCAUUAAGAUGAGGGGUCAGAUCAAGAAAUCCCUCUCUUGGGCAGCAAGAGGCUCCGUCCUCCGAGGUCAGGGCCAAGGCAAAACUGCCGCAGCCCUCGAGCAAACUAUCCCUUCUGCACCUUGCGACRGCACUAAAUUCACUUUAAAAACGUAGGGAAAAGAAGAAAAGAUCCAGAAGGUCUUAACCUGCGACGUGCAUUGAGCACCAGGCGGCUCGAGUGCGGUUCCUGCCCUGGGGAGGUCGCCGUAGCCGCCUUUUCCUCUGCGCAGGUCAGGCCCGGGGCCUUCUUUCCCUUGAGACUACUGGGCCUUUAAUCCWGUCAGCUGAAGUGCUAUUACAAAGUGAGUUCUCCUCCCCCUAAAAAAUAAUAUAUUUAAAGAUUAGGUAAUAAAUUUAAAGAUUUCUUUCUUAACCACCCUUAAGCCGGUUUCUYGGGAGCUGCCGAAUGCCCACAAAUAAACCGAGGAAACUCGGCCUAGGUGCCCUCAUCCGUGAGGGCCUCGGGCCUGCGGAGGGCGGCCACGUUCCAUCGGAAAACGGGAAUUCACUGUCCGUGCACUGCGGGCCUUGAGGAGCCUCCCCUCCGAGCGCCGGAGUCGCCGUUUUGUACAUUCUCCAGAUCUGCAUUCGUGUUUACUUACUGUGACUACUGUCGAGACUUCCUUCGGAAAUCUUUUUAUAUAGGGUUUGUUAGCGGAAAAAGCAAAAAGCAAAAAGCAAAAAAAAAAAAAAAAUCAUUCCAUAUUUAGGUAAAAAUGUCUCAAUCUUCUGUAUAUAUGUUUUAUUAAUAUGUAAAUAUUUAGAUAUUUUUAAAUUACUAUGUUCUUAAUGAAGCGACAAGGGACUAGUUGUGACAUGGUGUAUAACGUUGUGCUGUGCUAUCAAUCUCUGGGAAACCCUCUUUGUC